AUAAAAAAUACAUAUCUUUUAUUGCUUGACGCGUUUUUAAAAAUCAAUCGUCAUGGUUUUGAAGAAAUUUGGAAGAACGGUCAAACUUUUAGCCUGCAAGACAUUCAAGAAGAACAAAUCAAAACCAAACCCUUAUAAACACCCCUCUCCUCCUCUUCCCCUCUCCUCCUUUCCUCCAUCGCCGCCAUCGCAAUCUCCAUCGCCAUCUGAUUCUGCGAUCAUGGAAUCCGGCAAACGCGGCCCUUUUCAAUUUCCUCAGGUACAAUCCUCCGUCCUCCCUGACCCAUCUCCAUUCUUCUCUCACGAUCUUCUUUCAUCGCCACUACCCACCAAUUCAUUCUUCCAGAACUUCGUUCUCAAUCGCGGCGAUCAGGCAGAGUACAUUCAUCCCUAUCUUGUUAAAUCUUCGCGGUCUUCUUUAUCUCUCUGUUACCCAUCUCAAUUCUCCAAUCCUGCAUUCAUCUAUCAAAUCUACAAUGAAGAUCUCACCAUCACCGCUUCAAAUAAUCCAAACCCAAACGCAACCCAUCUCGUUUCUUCAUUUAACGAUCUCAGCGUUACUCUAGAGUUUCCUUCUAGUAAUCUCAAGUUCUUUCUCGUCAGAGGAUCGCCUUAUCUCACAGCGAUCGCAACCGGCGUUAAUCUUUCACUUUCAACUAUUCACGCCAUUCUCGAAUUCUCUCCUAAUAAAUCUCGCACCAAAUACACAAUCAAACUCAAUAACAAUCAAACCUGGCUUGUUUAUGCUUCUUCCCCGAUUGAUUUCAGCCAGAGCAAUUCGUCAAUCACUUCGAAUACUCCAUUCACUGGUGUUAUCAGGAUAGCUAACUUGCCUGUUCAAGACCCAAAUUACGAAUCAAUACUCGAUCGUUUCAGUUCUUGCUACCCAAUAUCCGGGGAGGCUAUCCUCGCCGGACCGUUUAGCUUGAAGUACAAAUGGGAGAAGAAAGGUUGGGGAGAUCUGCUUAUGCUCGCCAAUUCUCAUCAUCUUCAGCUUCUGAAUGAUUCCAAUGUGACCAUUUUGGAUGAUUUUAAGUACAAGAGCAUUGACGGUGAUCUUGUGGGUGUUGUUGGGGAUUCAUGGGAAAUGAAGACUCGCCCAGUUUCUAUAACUUGGCAUUCAAUUAGUGGCAUCAAUGAAGAUGCUUUUCCUGAAAUUAUAGCAGCACUUGUUAAAGACGUUGCGGAUCUUGACCCAACAAAAAUAGCAACAACCUCAUCAUAUUUCUACGGGAAGCUGAUCGCAAGAGCGGCGAGAUUAGCGUUAAUCGCGGAAGAAGUCGAUUAUCCAGAUGUUUUGCCGGCGAUUAAGAAGUUCUUGAAGGCCACGGUGGAGCCGUGGCUUAACGGAACCUUCGCCGCUAAUGGGUUUUUAUAUGAUAACAAAUGGGGAGGACUUGUAACGAAACAGAGCUCAACUGAUCCAGGUGGGGAUUUCGGAUUUGGAUUGUACAACGAUCAUCAUUACCAUAUAGGUCAUUUCCUUUACGCCAUCGCUGUUCUUACAAAGAUCGAUUCUGCUUGGGGGAGACGUUACAAACCUCAAGCGUAUUCUCUAAUGGCGGAUUUUAUGACAUUGGGAAAAAGAUCAAAUUCGAUGUACCCCCGUUUGAGGAAUUUCGAUUUAUGGAAAUUACAUUCUUGGGCCGGAGGUGUGACGGAAUUCGCAGACGGACGGAAUCAAGAAAGCACUAGCGAGGCGGUGAACGGUUACUACUCGGCGGCUCUGUUAGGAUUGGCUUACGGAGAUACCCAUUUGGUGGCGCUUGGAUCGAUGCUUUCUGCGUUGGAGAUUCAAUCUGCUCAGACAUGGUGGCAUGUGAGAGAAGAAGAUAAGUUAUAUACAGAGGAAUUUACGAAGGAGAAUAGGAUUAUGGGGGUUUUAUGGAAUAAUAAGAGAGACAGUGGGCUUUGGUUUGCUCCGAAGGAAUGGAGGGAAUGCAGGUUGGGGAUUCAGUUGCUGCCGAUUCUUCCGAUAAGUGAGAUGCUGUUCAAUGAUCCGAAAUAUGCGAAGCAGCUGGUGACUUGGACGGAACCUGCGUUGGCGAGGGAAGGAGUGGGAGAAGGGUGGAAGGGAUUUGCGUACGCGAUUGAAGGGAUUUAUGAUAAGGAAUCGGCGUUGGGGAAGAUUAGGGGUUUGAAGGGUUAUGAUGAUGGAAACUCGCUUUCGAAUCUGUUGUGGUGGAUUCAUAGCAGGGGUGAACUUGAAUGUCAUGAAAAACAUUGCUGGUUUGGUCACUACUGCCAUUGAUCAUCAUGUGUGUCUCUGAUUGCUUCUUAAGUUUAUAUAAUAAUAAUAAAAUAAAUAAAUGUUGUAAUUUGUUUAUGUUUUAAUAAAAUGUUGUAAUUUGUUUCAAUAAAAAAAAUGGUUUAGCCAUCAAAUUUCUUUUACUA